UGGGCUCUGCUGGGGGCAGAACCUGCUGUCGUUUUGCUGUAACCAGCUGCAAAAUGAGUUUGACCUUUCAGGUGCCCGCAUGGAAGAAGUCGGCGCUUUUACAACAACAACAAAUGAUUUUGCUCCUUCCAGGAGGCGAAGGCGAAAUGUCACGUUUGAUGAAUGAGCGACCUUUCACGGGGGCGGAGGGAAACUCCUUUAUGUGCUCCACCCCACACCGACGUCAUUUCCAUGAUGGGGCUGAGUAACGUUUUCCAAGAAGUCAGAGAUGGCAGCUUAAAGCUGCAUCCCGUGGGGAACUGCCUGGCAUUGGCGUGCUGCUCCCUCACGAACGCUGCUGAUCUCAUUGCUGUGCGUGCUCUCCUUUAGCUGAGAGCUGGCAGAGAGAGGGAGGGAUGUGGGGGACCUGCGUGGUGGUGGUUUUGUGCCAUCAGUUCCUCUUUUCCCCCAUCCUGGAGGUGUCAGCAUCCACGUGCGUGGCCCUGGGAUGGGCUGGCAGAGCGAGGAGUGGCACUGAGUGCUGGGGAAGCAUUAAGGGAUGCCUCGGGAUGUCUGCGUGCUGCCUGCCUUGUGGUGCCUGAGUUUGUGCUGUGAUGAGGACAACCUAAACCCCAAUCCCUGCUUUAAGACAGCAGAACUUCAGGAAGGCAAAGCAUCUUAAAGCCUCCUCUUGGUUCUGUCCCAGCACGGUGUCAGCCCAGUGCCGUUGUGAUGCUUCCCCUUCUGCAGGCUGAAAGAACAAAGUGAUGCGAAGCGGGAGCAAAACUCCCAUCCUCAGCUCUCAGUGAUCCCAUUGACAUUGAGGAGCUGUGCUCCUCUGUUGUGAUGCCCCACGUUUAUUGCAGCCAUUUGGCUCUGCUUUGUGCCAUCCCACGCCGCCGUCCGGUCGCACAGGGCUGAACUCCUGGCGGGCAGAAUGGAGGGACUGAGAUUUAUGGGGAAAUAUCACCGGGGUGAACAGCAUGCCUUGUGCUUCCCCUCGCUGUGUCCUUUCCUCCCUGUGCCCUUGCACUGCAUUCCCUGCUCCCUUAGCAACGUGUCUGCAUGCAGAGCUGUGACAUCUCCCAGCACUGCGCCGUGUGGGGCAGCUCUUUGUGCCCCCCGUGGGGUGCAGGGGGGGCUGUGGGGUGGGUGCUCUCCCUUGGGUCGUCUCACUGCAUGCUGUGCUUCCUUGCAGGUUUCUCCAUGUCUCAGCUCUGCAGCUCCUGGGAUUUACACCAGCAAAGCAUGGCGUACCUCCCUGAUGCAGAGAUGGAAACCAUGGCUGCCAGCACAUCCCUUCCCGACCCAGCUGGUGAGUUUGACCGCAACGUGCCUCGAAUCUGUGGGGUUUGUGGGGACAGAGCCACCGGCUUCCACUUCAACGCCAUGACCUGCGAGGGCUGCAAGGGCUUCUUCAGGAGAAGCAUGAAGAGGAAAGCAAUGUUCACCUGUCCGUUCAACGGGGAUUGCAAAAUCACCAAGGACAACCGGCGGCACUGCCAGGCCUGCCGGCUGAAACGCUGCGUGGACAUUGGGAUGAUGAAGGAGUUCAUUCUGACGGAUGAGGAGGUGCAGAGGAAGCGUGAGAUGAUCCUGAAGCGCAAAGAGGAGGAAGCACUGAAGGAGAGCCUGAAGCCCAAGCUGUCGGAGGAGCAGCAGAAAGUCAUUGACAUCCUCCUCGAGGCCCACCACAAAACUUUCGACACCACAUACUCCGAUUUCAACAAGUUUCGGCCCCCCGUGAGAAGCAAAGUCAGCAGCAGGACAGCAACGCACUCCUCCUGUGUCAUGUCCCAAGAUUGCUCCUCCGAGGACUCCAAUGAUGUUUUUGGCUCCGAUGCCUUUGGUGCAUUCCCAGAGCCCAUGGAGCCCCAGAUGUUUUCCAACCUGGACCUCUCCGAGGAGAGCGAUGAGAGCCCCUCCAUGAGCAUCGAGCUGCCCCACCUCCCUAUGCUCCCACAUUUGGCUGACCUGGUCAGCUACAGCAUACAGAAGGUGAUCGGCUUCGCCAAAAUGAUCCCUGGAUUCAGGGAUCUGACUGCAGAGGACCAGAUUGCCCUGCUGAAAUCCAGUGCCAUUGAGGUGAUCAUGCUGCGCUCCAACCAGUCCUUCACCAUGGAGGACAUGUCAUGGACCUGUGGAAGCAAUGACUUCAAGUACAAAGUCAGCGAUGUCACCCAAGCCGGCCACAGCAUGGAGCUCCUCGAGCCGCUCGUGAAAUUCCAGGUGGGCUUGAAGAAGCUGAACCUUCACGAGGAAGAGCACGUGCUCCUCAUGGCCAUCUGCAUCCUGUCCCCAGAUCGACCCGGCGUUCAGGACACCUCGCUGGUGGAGUCCAUCCAGGACCGCCUGUCGGACAUCCUGCAGACCUACAUCCGCUGCAGGCACCCCCCGCCAGGCAGCCGCCUGCUGUAUGCCAAGAUGAUCCAGAAGCUGGCCGACCUGCGCAGCCUCAACGAGGAGCACUCCAAGCAGUACCGCUGCCUCUCCUUCCAGCCCGAGCACAGCAUGCAGCUCACGCCGUUGGUGCUCGAGGUUUUCGGCAACGAGAUCUCCUGAUUCCAGCCGUUUGAGAACCCAUGUGUAAAGGGAUAAGUCAGCCUUGGCCCUGAGAGGGGGGCUGUGACCCCGGGAGGAGGUUGUACAUAGUUUUGUUUCACACUACUGCAGGUCCUGCUUUGUUUUCUUAGCCACGGCGGAUGAGGUUUGCUCGCUGCAGACCCAGAUCUGUGCAUUUCCCCCCCCUCCAUGAGUGUUUUUUUCACUUGUCUGCAAGAGCUGACUUAUCCCUUUAUGGAUGUUUUGAGGCUGGGCUGCCUUGAACCAUUUCUUUCUGACCAGAAACUGGGGCUGCUCGGAAGGAGAGGUUCAGGUUUUGCAGAUUCGUGGCACUGGGGAACCAUCGAUGGCAUCUGUUGAACCUGAGGGACCCCUACGCUCACCCCCAAUUUGGGAAAGGUGAUGCUGAUGGAAUUGCACACCCCAGAUCCCUGCAGGAAAAUGCUGAGGCUGCUCCUCGGAGCCCCACAGACAGUGGUGAGAGGUUGGAGAAGGGAACCACAGCCAGGACCAGCCGGCCGGGCUGUGAUGUGUGUUCCCAGCACUACUGCCACCCUGUGUCCCACAUCAGCCCCACUGCUGACAGCAUCCUGUGAGGGUGUCGUCUGUUGUCGUCACCUUAAUGAGGCCGGCCAGAGCUAAUUGGGCACGCUGAGGUUUCCUGUGCAAUGCUGGAGCUCUGGAGGGUGCCCCAUCCCCUCUGACCCCACUGAAGCUA